GUUUCAGUUUUUCUUACAAGAACCCGGAGAUGAACGUGGGCUGAGAGACAGUGUGAAGGCAAAAGCCACUCACUAAGCCUCUGUGGCUGAGGAUGGACUUGAACCUGGGUCUCCCCUGUGCUAGUUAGUCCUUAAUCACUGUUUUCAUAUCUAGGAUGGGAGGGAGAAUGAUUUAAAAGCUGUUAGCCAGCAUUUUUUAAAGUUGUUUUCACUAAUCCAUUUUGUAACCAUCUGAACACAUUAACACUGCUCUGCCCUGUUCCCUUGCAGCUUUACCAAAACUCAUCUUGCAGAUUGAGAAUUCAGAAGCCGUUGUCAAUCAAAUGGUGAACGUCACAUGUAGUGCUGACGGCAAUGCUUCCCCUGGUUUUAAAAUGCAGAUCAGGGAUGCUGCCAAAAUCUUAGCCUCCAGCAACCAAGACCAACCCUUCCUGCAGCAUGCAGUGAUCACUCAGGAAGAGGAUAAUGGGAGGGAGUUUAUCUGCCAAGUAAUCCUGAUCGUUGGUGGGCGCCCCAAGGAAAGAAGCGCAUCUCAAAAGCUCACCGUCUUCUAUGGGCCCCAAAUUGAUGAUUCCAAAUGUCCGCAUACAUUGACCUGGAAGGAGGGAACUUCGACAUCAUUUACCUGCUCAGCCUUGGGAAACCCCACACCAACAGUCCAGUGCUGGAAAGAUGGGAGAUCUUACAGCAUUGGGGAACAACAGCUGGUCCAGAGAGAGCAUGACGGCAUUUAUCAUUGUAAUGCUACCAACCAGUAUGGCUCUGAUGUUAGAGAUGUGACCGUACAUGUUGAAUCUCCUCCAUCCAUUGGCCUUAUCAUUGGCUGUGUAAUUGGUGCAAUGGUGAUCAUUGCUUGUGCAGGUGCGGUAGCUUAUUCCGUAUACUAUAAAGAAAGGACUGGGACCUAUUAUCCGUGGAAGCAAGGGAAGCAUCGGCAGUCACCACAAGCUGUUGGAAACUCAGCAGAGCAAAGGUUCCUGAAUGGCAAAGCAAAUGUCUGAGCAGACUUGUAUUUAUUACAAACUGAAGAACAACUUGUCCCAAUGCCAGCAAGACUGUAGCUAUGUUUGUGGUUCAUCACUUUACUUAACUACAGAGGAAGACGAUGAUGAUUACGUGCCGUCAGGUUGUUGUCGACUCUUAGUGACCACAUAGAUAGAUUUUCUCCAUGAUGUGGAGGAAGAGAUACGGGAAACUGUUCUUCAGCUCCUGAGCAUCUGAUGGGCAGUGCUUCAACUGGACUUGUCUUUGGACUUUGGGAGGGUGAUGAUGGUAACUUCUGCACUUUCAAACAGUGAGUGUUUGUACUCGUGCCUCCUGUCCUUUACUGAAGACCUCCUCUACCAUCUAAGUGGACAUCCAGAUUUUUGCUCCAGAAGGCAAUCAGGAAGCUAAAGAUGGUCUAAAAGACUCUGGGCUACCUCCAGUGGGAGGCAUUACUGGGAAACCAGUAAGAAGUACUGGACAGGAAGUGGGUAUCUGCAACCCACCAGCUUGGGCUUGUCCUACAAUAGUGGACAACUUAGCUGUAGAAUGUAAAGUGUCUUCCAGAUUUCUCCUCACACUAUUGGAUUGAAAACAAUACCAUAAUCAUAUGUGGCAUGAUAAAAUCCUUUCUGUUUUUGCAAAUUUGCACAACAAAAUUUUCAUAGCGCAUGCCAGAAAGCUAGAGUGUCUUUCUGUUUUUAAAUCCUGGUACAGAAAUUUAUGAUUAUCAAGAUGCCGCAUCCCGUAACCCUAAGUUAACUCCUAUUUCUGAAUGCCAGGAAGUUUG